AUGGGUAUCUCGGAUAAUGAUGUGCAAAAGCAGUUGCGCCAUAUGAUGGCUUUCAUCGAACAGGAGGCCAACGAAAAGGCUGAGGAAAUUGAUGCUAAAGCCGAAGAAGAGUUCAACAUAGAAAAGGGUCGUUUGGUGCAACAGCAACGUCAAAAGAUCAUGGAAUUUUACGAGAAAAAGGAGAAGCAAGUUGAAUUGCAGAGGAAGAUCCAAUCCUCAAACUCGCUCAAUGAAGGGCGACUUUUGUGUCUAAAGGCUCGUGAGGACCACAUGCGAAACGUGCUCGAUGAAGCUCGUAUGAAUCUGUCGAAGAUUUCUAACGAUCAAGCGCGAUAUCCUGCGAUUCUAAAAGGACUUAUUAUGCAAGCUUUACUUCAAAUGCUUGAGAAGGACGUACUUCUUCGGUGUCGCGAGAGGGAUCUCAGUCUUGUCGAAAAACUUCUCCCUGAGUGUCUCGAUGCUCUUGAGAAGGAAUGGGGCGAGAAAACAAACGUGAAAAUCGACAAAAAUUUUCUGCCAUCAGAAGCUGCCGGUGGUAUUGAGCUUUCAGCAAAAGGAGGUAAAAUUAGGGUUUCAUCUACACUGGAGAGCCGUUUGGAGUUAAUUGCUAACCAGGUUAAAAGUGCAGUGUAUGGUUGUGGAUUGUCGGCAUCUGGAGCGCUCGCGAUCCCACGAUUGGUCGUGAAUGACUUUGUCACAUCUAGAGAAGCACACAAACCCCUACGCAUAACUCAUAUGAACACACGUGGAAUUAAACACAUAGCAGCUGGAUUUGGUUUCUCAUUGUUCGCGUCCAAGGACAAACUUUUCGGAUCUGGUUUGAACAACAGGUUUCAAAUUACUAGUCACGUAAGAGAUACCGAUUGCAAACUUCAAGAGUACUAUAUCAGCGCUAAACGAAUCCUGCUUCCUGGAAGCGAGGACUCGCCAUUGCCUGUUGUUGAAAUUCCCAGUGAUUCUCCUGCAGUAGCCGUGCACUGCACCCUCGACACUUCAUUCGUCCUCACAGAAAGCGGCGAAGUCUUUGCAUUUGGUUUGAAUGAGGAUGGACAAUGUGCGAAUCACUCAUUUGGCAUCCAGUGGCAGCCUACGAAAAUUCUAGAUUAUCAAAAUCUUUCUGCCCAAUUUAUGGAGCACUACUACGUUCCGCGUCAUAUACUUGCAAGGUUCCAGGUGAUGCAGUUGGAGAGAAAAAAUGACACAUCGAUUUCUGGAAGUUCGGAUACCAUAAUGGCGUUGUCCGAGAAAGGUGAACUUUUCAUAUGGGGCCAAUGCGAGUACGGACAAGGUGUUGUUGGUGCAGAUAAUCUGAGCUUUUCCCGUUAUAUCCCAUUUCCACCUGGGAAAAUCGUCUCGGUAGGAUCAACCGCCAGUUCUUGCGUUGCAAACACGGAGAGUGGAGAAGUUUACGUGUGGGGUGUUGGUCUGGUUGGUCUCGGUCCAAAUACGCAGAAGCUAGAUCGCCCAACAUUGAUGGAUGCACCGCUUUUUGGAAGGGAAAAGGUUGUUAAAGUAUACGCGGGGAAUACCUCGUGUGGCGCGAUCAGUUCAAGUGGGCGUCUAUUUGUUUGGGGUCAGAACAGAUACGGUUUACUUGGACUUGAACAUGGAAAGGAUCAGUAUUUCCCUCUUGAAGUUUUCUUCCCAUAUGACGUAAAAGGAAAGCCGAAAACUGUGAAAGACUGUUGCACGUUGAAGAAUCCGGAUGAUGUGAAACUUUCACAUGAGCACCAAAUGUGGAAAUGGGCUGAACUGGACGAAGCCAUCAAAAUAGCUGAAUAUGCAGAAAUGGGAGCGUUACUGAGAAAGUUCAAAGCAUAUGUGGAUAACUUGAAAAUCAUAAUAUAUUACAUGUUUUGUUUGAUUCAUGUUGAUCAGAAGUGUAGUGCAUUUGUCUCGCUGUCAUGUGAUCUGAUGUAA